AGGAACAUGUCGAAGCCCGUGGAUCACAUCAAGAGACCCAUGAACGCGUUCAUGGUGUGGUCCCGAGGUCAGAGGAGGCAGAUGGCGAUGGAGAACCCCAAAAUGCACAACUCUGAGAUCAGCAAACGGCUCGGAGCCGAGUGGAAACUCCUCUCCGAGGCUGAGAAGAGACCUUACAUCGACGAAGCCAAAAGACUUCGAGCUCAGCACAUGAAGGAACAUCCCAACUACAAAUACAGACCCAGAAGAAAAUCCAAGAGGAGUGACGGCUUUGCGUUUCCCUCGCCUUUCCUAGUUGAGCCACACCAAGCCAGAGAGGCUCUUUCAUUCUGCAUGGACAGUCCAAGGUAUCUCCAUCCGUCUGCGUCCACACAGUCUUCUGCGUUCUUCAGUGGGAGCCACCUCAGCACUGCCGGAGCGCAGAAGAUCAGAGAACUGCCUCAUGCUAUUUACACCUCCACACUGGGGUACCACAACGCACUCUUGGGUACACUGGGAUGCCCAGUGCAACCAACGAAGCCUGGGUACAUGGUGCCGUGUAACUGUCCACUGUGGCCGACGUCCAGUUUGCAGCCGCCUGUCGCUUAUUUGCUUUUUCCAGGUGUGAGCAAGACUGGACUCAACUCAGACUGCUCAGCAAGUCUGUGAAA